CUUACUCGUCACGUAACCCUAUAAAUCCACGUGUACUCAUCAAAAUCAACAUGGACAUUUCCCACCACUUUCAUACUAUGACACACCGUUAUGAUCACUGAAAUUGAUGAUAAAGAAUCUCAACAAACCCCACAGCUCAUACUCUUUUUGGUUUUCAAUUUCUUCACUGUUUUUUCUCUAAGGGCUUUUAAUUCAUAGAAGGAUGUUGGGUCGUUCUGGGUUAUCUAGGACUGGAAGCUUUAGGCCAGAGAAUUUAGGGCAAAAUGCUUUACAUAUGAUUGGCCAUCUUUGUUUCACUCUAUUCGUAAUAGGUGUACUAGUUUUCACUAUUAUUACUGCUACUUAUGAGCCAAAGAACCCUAUUUUUCACCCUUCAACAAAGAUCGAAACUUUCCUCACUUCCUCGUCGAAUGCCACUUUUCGAUCGGAUAACACUGUUGUUAGAACCGGAGAGGAUUUUAUGGUUUCCAACCAGACUGCAUUUGCCACUUUUAUCAAUGCGAAAGAUGUAGUAGAAACCAAGGAGGGGAGUACAGAUGAAAUUAGCUUGUCACGAUGUGAGGGUGAUUGGAAAGAACCGAUUGAUUGUAAGGAUCCGGAAGUGUUCCAUUUGAUGAUGAAGGUGGUAAUUGAGCGUUUCGAGGAUAUACACUUUUAUCAGUUUGGGAAACCGGCUCCUGGCCCUAAGGAGAAUACUUGUGAUAUGGCGUGGCGGUUUAGGCCUAAGGAAGGGAAGACAGUUGCUUUUUUUAAGGACUAUAGACGCUUUGUUAUUAAAAGAUCAAAGAAAUGUGAACUUAGAGUGGUGAGCAUCGGGGAUUAUCAUUCAGGCGUGAAUGCAAGGAAGAAGAAGCGUAAGAAUCAAAAGCCCGGGUUUGAGCAAGGUGGUGUGCCGUUGCCUGUUGUUGGGGAACCAAUAAAUGAUUCACUUCCGGUGGUAGAGUCUGAAAUUGCAUUUAGCCGUGGGAAGUACUUGAUUUAUGCGGGUGGUGGAGAUAGGUGCAAGAACAUGAACCAUUAUUUGUGGAGUUACUUGUGUGCGUUGGGUGAAGCGCAGUAUUUGAAUCGCACUUUGGUUAUGGAUUUGACGCUUUGUUUGUCUUCGAUUUACACUUUGUCAAAUGAGGACGAGGAAGGCAAGGACUUUAGGUUUUACUUCGAUUUUGAGCAUCUAAAGGAGACAGCAUCAGUGUUGGAUCAACAACAGUUUUGGGAAGAUUGGAACGAAUGGCAAAGACAAGACGGCUUGACUCUGUAUCUUGUCGAGGAUUCUAGGGUGACACCAAUGCAACUUUCCGAGGUGAAGGACUCUUUGAUUAUGAGAAAGUUCGGUUCCGUGGAGCCAGAUAAUUACUGGUACCGUGUUUGCGAAGGAGAAACAGAAUCUGUCAUUCGAAGGUCGUGGCAUCUGGUAUGGAAAUCAAGAAGGUUAAUGGAUAUAGUGUCAGCGAUUGCAUCAAGGUUGAACUGGGAUUAUGACUCUGUUCACAUCGUGAGAGGGGAUAAGGCAAGGAACUCGGACUUAUGGCCUAAUCUUGCACAAGAUACCUCACCAAAUACCCUUAUCUCAACCUUGCAGGGCAAGAUCGAAGACGGGAGAAACGUGUACGUUGCAACAAAUGAACCCAACAUGUCUUUCUUUGAUCCUUUGAAAGACAAAUAUUCCACUCAUUUCCUCGAAGACUAUAAGGAUCUUUGGGACGAAAAUAGUGAGUGGUAUUCACUGACAAAAGAACUUAAUUACGGAAUUCCAGUUGAUUUCGAUGGUUACAUGAGGGCCUCUGUUGAUACAGAAGUUUUCUUUAGAGGGAAGAAACAGAUUGAAACUUUCAAUGAUCUAACUGAUGAUUGUAAAGAAGGUGUUAACACCUGCAAUACUGCAACCAGUUAAUCCCCCAAUAUACGAUGUCCGACAUUUAGGUAUGUCCAUCUACGCUUAUCUUUUAGCCAUAGUCUUGCCUGGUGGUUUUUGUCAUUGAAUGGCAUUUUUUCAACUCUGGACUGGUAUUAGAAUAAUGACCAUCAAUGUUUGAUUAA